UGAAAGAGAAAAGCAGAGAGACCAUAUUCAACAAGUGGAGAAGGACAAAGAACAAGAGAGCAAGUUUCCUGCAGCUGUUUUGGAGAGAGAGAGAGAGAGGAAGAGAGAGACUGGGAGAGAGGGAGGGAGGGUGUGAGGGAGUCAAGAGGGAGGGAGGAAGAAAAAAAAAAAGAAGCCAACUCAUCUGACACAAACAGUGGGCCAAAGAAACGGGAAGAGCAGGAGCAGCACUGUCCAGAACGAGUGGAAAAUCAAGGUUGGAGAAGCUGAGGAGAAGUGUAAAGAGGACGGACACAGAGAGAAAGAGCCUCAGAGUCUGCACAAAGAACUGGAAAAAAAGUCUAAGCUGCCUGCCAAACAAAAGGGGGUUGAAGCAGAGAGGGCCCCAACAUUUAGAGAGAGAACAAGAUGUCAACGCUACCAUCAGAAAACAGCCCUGAAGAUGCCUACAGUCGCAGCUUUUGGAUGCCUGGGAACUAUCAGCCCACUGUGAAGCGAACAGAAGAUGCCUUCCAGGCCUGUAAUGACAUAGUGGCAUGUUUCCAAGAGAGAGCUCGCGUGGAGAGGCAGUAUGCCCAGCAGCUCAGUGAAUGGAGCAACAAGUGGAAACCAGUAGUGGACUCCAGUCCUCUCUAUGGGUCUCUUCUGAAGGCUUGGCAGUGUUUUCUGUCCUCCGCUGACCGGCUGGCCUCCUUACAUGCCUCUAUCUGUCGCUCCCUGGUGUCAGAGGAUGGAGACCGGGUCAGGACCUGGCAGAAGGACACCUUCCACAAGAAGUUAUUUGGUGGCUUCAAGGAGUCCCAGGACAUUGAGACAGGUUUUGCUCGUGCUCAGAAACCGUGGGCCAAACGACUUAAAAAGCUGGAUAAAGCCAGGAGGGCAUACCACAAAGUGAGCCGUAAGGAGCAGGCAGCUAGGGAGCGAGAGGUACACGCUCAGGGAAACCCGGAUGUCGCCAUUGACAAACAGAAGAAGAUCCAGGAGGAGAGAGUGCUGGCUCAACAGGAAGCCGAGAAGGUUCGUGCCCGCUAUGAGAAAGUCCUUGAGGAGGUGAACCGGUACGCUCCUCGCUACAUGGAGGAGAUGGAGUCCAUCUUUGAUCAAUCACAAGACGAGGAGCGCAAGAGGAUUGUCUUCCUCAAACAGGCCUUUCUCUCCAUCCACAAACACCUGGACAUUACUAACAAUGAGAGUGUAAGGGCUGUGUACAAUGAGCUCCACAACACACUGAUGGCCAUUGAUGAGCAUGAGGACCUUCGCUGGUGGAAAAACACCUAUGGACCUGGCAUGCCUACCGACUGGCCUCACUUUGAGGAAUGGACUCCUGAGAAGAAAACCAAAAAAGGGAAGAAAGAAGAAGAAAAGAAAGGAACAAUAGAGAGGAGCGUGAUGAUUGGAGGAGUGAGAGUAAGAGCUCUGUAUGAUUAUGUUGGCCAGGAGACAGAUGAGCUGUCAUUUAAAGCAGGUGAGGAGUUUUUGAAGAUUGAGGAUGAGGAUGAUCAGGGCUGGUGUCGGGGGAUGAAGGACGGUGGGAGUGAGGGGCUUUACCCAGCCAACUAUGUCGAGGUUGUGUAAUUAGCUCAUCGACUGAAAAUGAAAGAUCUUGUUACAUCACAUGCUUUGUUUUACCGUGGAAGUCACAACCUGGUUUGAAAUGUCAGAAACAUAAGACCAAUGCUGUAAAGAACAACACCAAGUAGCUGUUAGCCAAAGUUCUGGUCUGUGAUGAGAGUAUAAGGGCACUAAAGAUGAUAUUUUAGCAAACAGAGAUCUUUAAAAACAAUCCAGGCUGUGUAAUCUCUAGAAGGAUUUUGAGAAAUGUUUUAAUAUAUACAAUAUGCAUAGACCACUUGUAUUGAAGCCAUACGAUAAACAAUGCUUUAAUGUACAAAAAGGUGCUCUUAAGGUACACUAUAUAACUAGCCAUUUGGUGCGGACACUGCAUUACAGGACUGCAAUUUUACUUGAGCUGUUUUCAUUUUUUUGCACCUCAACAUAUUUCUAUUAAAAUGCUCACAAUCCUCUCAACAUAUGAAGAAAGUGACGCUAAUACUGUGAUUAUAAUUAAUCCAAAGCAGCAAAGCACAAGUGGAGUCAGCUUGAUAGAAGUAGGUAGGACUUGUAUUUCUCUUCUGUUUUUGUGGUUUAAAGAAACAGUCCAACAUUUUUAGGAAUAUGGCUAUUUGCUGUCAAAUACACACAUGGGAAGAUUAGUUCCAACUCUUUGUGUCAGGUACGAAACUGCUAGCCUAGCAGUAUCAACACAUAUUCCUGGAACCACAGUGCUGUCUUAUUUUGUAUCUUCUAUAAUCAAUAUUUUUUUAUAUUAAAAACUCAUAUCAUAACACCUAUGUAACAUCUUUCUGAAGAACUCCUAAACUGACCCCAUGACCGCACGUAACAUAUCAGACUUCAGAUCAGUUAGUAAAUAAGUUAAUAGUUAAUAAAAUUUAAAGUAUAUUAUGGCCGUGAAAAAAACUAGAUUGGCUGGCAGAUUCUGGUUUUAAUCUUAUAUUUGAAAACCCUCAAAAAUUCUUAAUGUUAACAUAUUUCCAACUCAGUGCAGACUAAUUUGUAGUGAUGUUUCAGCGCCUAGGUGGAGACGGAUUUUAAUUGGUGGCAGUGUGUCAUUGCAUCUUGGCGGUUAAGGGGCUGAAAUUAGCACUUUCACCUGGGUGUUGUGUUUCCAUUAAUGUCAAUCCGAGCCAGAGGCAAGAAAUACCUGUGACUACCACAGAAUCAUUUGACCAGCAUGUGAAUAGCGGUUGUAGACUUUCCCAUUGCAUUAAAAAGACAGAUGUUAGCGGAUAUUAGUGUAUUUUUGCGCAGUGGAAAUAGGCCUUAAGAGUCCACCAUUGUCCUUCUAUUUCCUGACAGGGUUUAUCUAGAUCCAUUGUAAGCAUGUCCAUUAACUCAAUUGCAGUGUGUUACCGUAAGAUGGCACUUCCUUGGUUAUAUAUAGAUUAUAUAAUAUACCUUGUGUUUGUUUGUUUUUUUGCUUUUGAUUUUUUUUCUUUAGGAAAAUCCAGUCUACCUUUAAACAAAACUUCCUAUUUUCAUUUGGUAAGACAAUGACAAUAAUGCACUCUGAGGUCCUGAUAUAGAGAAUAAUGCACUUGACAGAGGGAGAGGUACCCCACUUUACAGUAAGUUGUGGUCUUCUAUGCCUCCACUUAAUUAUUUUCUUGUAGUGGGACACCUUGUUUUGCAUUCUUACAUAAGACAGCUUUGGAGUUUGGCAUACUUUGGGGUGGCUGAGGCUCAGGAGGAAGAGCAGUUUGUCCAUUAAUUUCACACUGUGCCUCAGAAUUGCUUCUGAUAGUCAGGGCUGCGCCUUGCACAGCAUCUCCGCCACCAGCUGAGUGAAUGAGGGGCAAAUUGUGGAUCAUUCUGCCUGCUAACGUAGAAAAGUGCCACAUAAGUGCCGUCCAUUUAUUAUUUGUUCAGUGUUGAUGUAGCAGGGAGUUUCACCCAGUUUCCAGUCUUAAGCUAGGAUGCAGUUUCUUAAAGAAAUUUAAGGCCAAAAUGAUCUAAAUUUUGGGUUCAUCUAAGCAUCAAGAACCUUUUGACAAACAGGGCCCAGGUCUAAACACAUCUCCAACUUGAAGCUCUCUCAGCACAGAAUGUUUAGAGAUUAAACUGAUAUUGCUCUUUUUCAUCAGAUUCUCAGUUUGAUGCCAGACAUUCAUAUUUCUUAGCAUGUCAGACUGUUCCUUUAAGAUAAGUACCGGGGAACAAAUAGUUUUCCUGUCUGUCUGUAAUCAUCUGUAGCUAUGUACGACGCUUAUCACGGAGAACAUUUUUACCAAAGUAAAGAAAGGGCUUCCAGAAACUGCUGGUUUGCCUUUCGCUUCUCCUGACCUUCUUCAGUAUCUGUGUAUGUGCUGUGUUUCUUUAUCUGUCAUGUAAAAACUACGCAUUUGCUCCAAUACUUUUUGCAAAUUGCCUGUCUUUUAAAAAAUAAAAAAUGAAAACUUUUA